UAAAAUUUUAAGUGGCUUGGUCGGUAACAGCCACUACUAACCCUUAAACGGAAACAGUAUCAGAGAGUUGAAGGGGAAAAGCUAGAGAUAUACACAAUGGGCGGCAACGGCGAAGAGAUCCUUAUGUUGGAGGCACCGCCUGAAACUGCUCGGCCAUGGGCCUCUGCUUCCGCUGCCCAGACUUUGGACGCAUUACCCUACAUUGACGACGACUACGGGAACCCAAUGGUCAAGGAAGAGGUUGAUCGAUUGGUCGAAGAAGAGAUGCGAAAGAGUAUCAAGAAGCCGGCUGACUUCCUCAAGGAUUUACCCCCUCUUCCCUCCUUCAAUUUUCAGCAUCACCCAAUGAUUGGCAAAGAAUAUGAGCGCGUCAGAGCGGGUAGGCCACCCGUGACCCUUGAUUUUUCUUCACGGUAUCAAGUUGAAUCACCGCCCAUGAAUAAGAGAAACGAUGAAACUGCUUGGAAACAGGCACUUCAAAGAGCUCAGCGCUCAUUGCAACAUCAAGUAAUUAGGUUGGAAAAUUUGGAGUUGAUGUUAAAAUAUGGCCCUGAUGUUUGGAGACAGAGCAACCAACGACUGGAAGGGUUUUUGGCCAGCAGAAUGCAAAAACUAGCUCAACAGCAAAAUGAGAAAAUUGAAACUGUAAACCGUGAAAGAAAAUUUCAUCAGCAAAACUCUGCAUAUGAGCUCAAUGCUUUGUCCACGCAAUGGAAGGAUCUUUGUCUGAAAAACAUUGAAAUUCAUGCUGCUUGUUCUCAUAUUGAAAAGCAUAUAGCAGAACUGAGGAGAGAAGCUGCUGAGAGAGGCUGGAACUUGGAAGCUAAUUUGGAGAAUGGUGCUUUGUCACCUUCAACAUAGCAAGGACACGACCAGGAGGAAAAGACAGGGGAAAGGUUAAACCUUACAUCUUGACCUAUUAGUGGUACGAGCCAUAACAAGCUCUAGGUCAAACCUAAGAUGCUGUAAUAUUUUAUAUUUCUGCGAGGGUGUUAUAGAAGAAUGUUUAGGGGUGUUCUCAGUGUGGAUUCACCCAGAUCUACCUAUUAUUAGUCCAUUUAUUAUGGGUAUUAUUAUUUAUGUUGCCUAGGUUUGGGGUUUGCCUAUCCAUAUGUGUCAAACAUGGCUCGACAGGUGCUUAAGAAAAAUAGAGUCCGGGUAACUUAUGGUUGUUUUAGAAAAGUAAAAUUGUAUCAUCUUCUUAGCGAUCUGAAGAUACUAACAUGGUAUGUUGAAAAAUAUGAUAUUUUAUGAUAGCUAAGCAAUUUCUAAACCAUUUGUUCAUGAUUAGACCUGUCCAUGGGUUUGGCCAGGUUGCGGCUGGUUUACUAUUCAUAAAUUAAUAAAUAUUUAUAUUUAUAUAUUUUAAUAAUUAAAUUUUAAAAAAAAUAUUUUCAUUUUAUUUAAAUUCAAUCUAGGCAAGUCUGAAGUGAAAGAACUCAUGUCCAAGCUUAGGUUGGGUCGGGAUUAUUGAGCUAGAUGGGUCACCUGAUCCGUGGACAGAUCUUAUUACGAGGUAGGAGAGUUCUAUUGUCGAGAAAUAAGAUUCAGUUUUCACUAAAAAAUGUGAAAAAUUAAGAUUUGAGUAAAUUAAAAGAAGAAUUUAGUGAGAACUGCAUUAUUCAAAAUUUUAGCUAAUGUGAAUAAGUUGAUGAUCAUGUUGUUACUUAGAUAUUUACCUGUUGAUUUGUUGGAUGCACCAAGUAUUGGAACCAUGAACUUUUUAUCAAAAUGCUUGAAUAAAGCUACAAAUUGCCUACUUUAGUGGAUGCUGUUUUAGCAAUAAUCUCCCUAAAGUAGUAACACUAAUGUACUUGAGUGAGAGAACUGGGAGUGGAGGUAAGGGCUCUUGUGUUGAUAUGGACAUUUGAAAAACCACAUCCCAAAACUUAGUUGUCGAGGUUGUAGAGCCUAGGAUCUUAUAAACCCUACCAAGGAAAUCCCAUACUUGUCUAGGUGGGAUCCAAGUACUAUACCUAGCAGUUGGGAACCUGUUAGUCCACUAUGCUCUGCAAUCUUGGUGCCUAUGUGAGUUGGCAAACACUGCCGCAUUGACGUCACCAUCUGAGCUGUGGGUUGACUUUGCCUUAAUGUUUUCCAAGCCUUGGGUGAGCACGGCAAUAUCAAUGUCACCACUUGUGCCGCAUGAUUGCAACUAAGAGACAUUAUGGCUGCCUUUAAUACCAAUCAAUAUGGACUUUGGGAGAACCAAACUCCAAAAGCUAGUUAUUGAGGUUGGAGAGUCUAGGUUCAUACAGCCUACAAGAAAAUUGCAUACAUAAGUUCCUAUGCUUUCCUAUGUGGGAUACAAGUCUGGGCACAUAUCAUGUGUCUUAAUAAUAGUUGUAGGAUUGACAUCAUUCAAGCAGGUACAAAAGGAUUUAUGACAUUUACCACCCCCUCCAUAUUAGGAUCUAGUUGGGAGUUAUUUGUAUGUAAUUUCUUGUGGCUUGGAAUCGUUGAUUUCUGCCGGGUAGCUUGAUUGCUGUACUGCACUAUCACUGCUACAAACAUUAUCAUUCCUUGUAGCGAAACACGAAUGAACUGCUGAAAGUCAAUAUCUCCACAACAGAAGCAGAAUUAUGACUCCUUGAGUCAAUAUUUUAAGAUUACCAUUGGAAUAUAAUUAUGACAUUAUAUCGAAAAUCUGGAGUAAGAAUAGUAUAAAGGAUUUAUAUAUGGGUUAACAUGAGCAUAUAUGGAAAUCAUGCCAUUAUUAUUUAAUGCUUUUUACG